GUAAAGGGUUGACGCUGAGAAUUAAAAUUGAAUUGUAUAAGUAACGCAAAAAGAUGUUUGAAGAAAGCACUUUGGUUUUAUCAAAGCAAAUACCAUCAAUGCCAUAUUCUGAAAUUUUUUAUGAUCAAUACGAACCUGUGGUUGAUGGCAACAUAGAUUUCACAAACUAUGAUGUGACUUUGUUACAACAUGAGGUUCCUGACGAGGAUAUGAAAACUUUGACAUUAGCAUCGCAUGUAGCAUGUGACACAACUGGUCAUGAUUGUCCUUCUAUGUUAUUAGUAAAUCCAAGUCAAGGUUUUCACGACAUUUUGGUACAAGAAUAUAUAGCUGGUUUUGAUGAAAACACUGACUGUAGGAACACCGUGGAGUAUGAAAGUAUAAUACUUCUUGCACUUGAAAAAAUCAGUGAAGAAUGUGUGCAAAAUGACAAUUUUGAAAAGUUUAAAGAAAAAAUUGAGUAUGCUUUCAAUGAAUGUCCUAUAAAAUGUACUAACGGGCAUUUUAAAUGCGAAGAGAUAAAGAAAUAUGUGGCGCAAAAAGUUUAUUCGACUAUAAACGGUAAUGAAGAAAACUCAAUGAAGACUUUGGUUUUUCAUCAUUCUCUUAGCUGCAAAUAUGCAGCAAACUGCAAAGUUCCUGAAUGUGCAUCUAUUAAGAUGAUUGUAAAAAAACAUCUCAAACCAAACUUGAAGACAGAACCUGUUUUUGAUUCAAGUCAACAACUCCGCAUAAAGUUUUCUAAUGUGAAUACAUUUUCAGUUGGCAGUAUCAUUCAAAUAAAUCAUGACUUAGUUUCAGUUUUUGAAAAAAAAAUAAGUAAAGGACAUUUUGGAGCAGUAUAUGAUAGUUGGAUUUUAUGUAACAAAUACAGGGGAGGAGCACGAGUGGCAGUUAAAAAAAUUGAGGAAGCGGAAAGCAUAAAGGCAACAGCUAAAUCUAUGGCUCUUCUUUCAACAAUUGGUGAAUCUACAAAUAUUGUCAUUCCCCUUUUAGUUUUGGAAACUAGCAACCUGAAGACUUGCUAUCAAAUAAUGAUUCUUGCUGAAUUUGAUUUAAAAUUUGUUAAGAAAAAUGGACCAAUCACUGAAAAUCUGAUUGCGUAUUUGAUUAAAGAUGUUUUGAAUGGAAUUUGGUAUUUGCAUAGAAGAGGUUAUGUUCACUGCGAUUUAAAAUUGGAAAACAUUGUUGUAAAAGACUAUAGUGCACUCAUUUGUGAUAUUGAUUUUGUUAAAGAAGAAAAAGCUAAAUGUGAAGUUGCAACUCCUAAUUUUUCUGCACCAGAGAUAUAUGAUGGUGUUGCAAAUAAACCUAUAGACAUACAUAGUGUUGGGCUCAUUAUAGCAAGUAUGGCAGAUGUAGAUAUAUCAACAAAAAUAAACCGUGAUGAUCUACCACAAGAAAAGAAAAUAAAGAUAAUUGAAAGAAAUAAACGAGUGUCUAAUAAAAUAAAGUGUACACAUGAUAAGUUUUCACAAGUAUUUAAUGAUUGCACAAAGGAAGAUCCUUUACAAAGACCUAAAGUUGAUGAUUUAGUUAACAACAGUUUAUUUAAAGUUAAUGUUGAAACAGUCUCAAAUGAGAUCAAUUGUAUUCGUUCAAAAAAGAAUUCGUUCAAAAAAGAAAGUAACAAUUUUGGAAUCCAAAAUGGUCUUGCAAACGACAUUGUUCAAUUGCAUUUGAACCAGAUUUUGGACAGGCUUCCGAAAAAAUUUCUUGAACAUGAACACAUAAGUCAUGGCAACUGCGUCGACUAAUAGAUUGCAAUACAAAUCUUAAUUUAAAAUCAUUUGAAGAAGUAUUAGUUGUUGUGUCGAUGCGAAAUCUGAGUAUUAAUAAAUUAAAUAGUGAAGUGCGAAAACGAGCAACAUUUGUAUUUCUCCUCAAAAAACAAAAUAUUUUUUUAAUAAACAACAAAAAAACGAUUUAUAAAAAUCAUGACUCGUACAUUACUAUAGCAAUUUUUCGAUAUUUUUGAUAAAGAUUUUAAAUAUUUUUUUAUAAUUUUUU